GUGCGUAUUUCUACGACGCGUUUGGCGAAUUCAGAGGCGAGGCGGUUGACCAGUGCCUGCAACUACGCUCAAGUUUCUUGCUUAUUGCGAACCUUUUGUCUCCCUAGUCGGACAAUUUAACUUUAGACUGGACCACAGUGCCGUGACGACCCUGUUCACAAAGUAUAAACAUCCGCUUGCAUCAGGCUGGAUUGGGUGCACCUAUCUCACCAUGACCGAAAGUCCACAACCCUGCACACCCAGUCCAGUCUCUGAUGCUAAAUUUUUGCAUAAACAUGGUGCAGAAGGUGAUUGGAAUCUCAUUACCUCUCCCGUAAAACAAAACAUUCUCAUCUCUAACCGCCAAGGUAUCGAAAACUCUCACAUGGCUCGGAAGCCCGAAGACGUAGAUGUGGCUACGUUCAUGAGGGAACAUCUUACCCCUCGACCUGCAGGUGAAGGUUACGUGGUUCCCGAUAGUCAAUACAAAGGCGAUGUUGAGAAGAUCAGUGGCGCGAAGGUUAAGGCGGCAAUAUAUGCACCCGUCUGUGCACUACUGAACAAGAUCAGCAAACGAAUUUACGAUACUUACAUCGAGGCCGGGCUUGCAUUGGAUCGUGCCAACCCUGUCUUAUUUCUCGACCACCAUACUGGCCCACCCAAAGCUGCUGACCUGGAUAUGAAAAACAUGCCAGAGAUUGUAGGUGUAUUUGGCACCAAGAAAUCCAUGAAGAACUUUUGCAACGAGAAAACCAAAUCAUACAUGGGCGUACCAUAUCACCGAAUCAUCACUACGGGUGAAUGCAAACCUGAAGCUGAGGAAGGCGCUGGUCAGGCUGUGAGCUAUAUCUGUCAACAUGCUCGCGCACGUCUGGAUAUGCCUGGUACCUAUGCACUCUUCGCCAACGCUAGAGGUUACCGAAUUCUCUGGUCCGAUGCUUCCGAAGUUGUGAAGUCGCCGUUCGUGGACUGGACUGAGCUGGGUUUACUGGAAGGCUAUAUCCGAUCUCUUUACUUUCCUCCGAAGAAUCACCACCUCUGGGACCCAACAAUUUCGUCUCCUGUGGUUCUGCCGGAUGCUAUGGGCUCAGGAUCGAAGGUGCACUGGACAAUCACUUACAAUGGGAGCACGUACAGCGACUGCAACCCAUUCUUCUUGCCGCUCAGUCGGGGUCGGCGGACGACGGUGUUCAUGUAUGAAGGCGGCGGCGGCGAUGACUUUGCUGUUAUCAAGGAUGCCUACCGAGACGACGCUCAACGAUUCGACGAGGCCACAUUGAUUAACGACAUUCAUGGUGAAGGGAUAUUUCCUGGAGUUGUCAGAGUUCUGGAAUCUGGGGACGUUAAUGGCGAAGAUGGUACAGCGAUUGUGACUGCUCGGCCAGCAGAUCGGGACAAGAAGGUGGUCCACCGCACGAAGAAGAGACUUAUCAUGGGUAGCAGAGGCUCUCAAUUCUGUGAUGCAAAGACCGUGAAGGAUAUUUUAAAAGCAGCCUACGAUGCGCUAGAAGUUCAUCGUGCACUGCUCAAACGCCGCCGAUUCCUUCAUCGCGAUCUUAGCAUAUAUAACGUUCUGAUUUAUCCGGAGCAUUCGAAACAGUCAACGGAAGACAAAGAAUUCAUUUCCGACCCACCGAAGUUUAUUGAUGAGAUUCUGGGCCAAUCAAACGACUGUGACGAUAAGUGUCGUGCACUUCUCAUUGAUGCAGAUAACAGCGCGUCAUUGAAGUCCGAGCUGAUGAGUGAUCCAGCAUUGGCUAAGGAAUUGCGUGAGGAGCUGGCCAUGAGAACUGGCACACCUCGAUAUAUCGCCCGCUCCGCAGCCUGUGGAAGAGUCCUCGGUCAUGUAUUCGCUACGAACUUCAAAGCAAUGCCGGGUCUGGAGGACACGGCGAAAGAUAUUUAUAUUCGCACCUAUGGUAACGAAACAUAUGAGGAAUAUGAAGAUGCUGCGGGCGAACGUCAUGGGGGAGGCGCAUCAUCGCGCAAAGCCAAGGACACGCCAUUCAUCCAUCGUCCCGACCAUGACGUUGAAUCCAUGUUCUGGCUUCUCGUUGUCGUUUUUCUCCUUGCGAAGCCACAGGGAAUGCCUGACGACUGUACAGAGGAGUUAUACGGUGCCUGGGACUACAUCGAACGCCAUACCAUCGGUGCACCAGGCCGUGAUGAUACUCGACAACCUUUUUUCCUAUACGAUGCGGACGGAUGGGAAGCAAUAUUACACCCGGGUCUUUCAUCUCUCGCACCUCUGAUGGUCAAACUUGGGGUGCAAGUCUUUCCAGAAUAUGCCCUGAUGGACCCUGCUCCUCCCGAAGAUCAUCUUCAUGAAGUUUUUCGUAGACUUAUCCUCGAGCAUAUCGUCGGCAUGGGAGAUACGGAUAUCGAUCUAGAAGUUGGCGUCGCACGUGAGACAAAACCUCCCGCGGAUGGGAACGAUGGGAAGCGGAAGGCAGACGACGAUCCAGACCGAGGUAACCGUCAAAACAGCAAACGUUCGAAGAGCCAUCGGUCAACUCAGCAUCACGAUCCGUAUUACCUUUCGAUAUGACACAUCUGGCCAAUUCUACACCCUUCCAUGCUCUCUAGCCACUCGGUUAUCCCUGUCAUUCGUCGAACCUUUCAUUAUCGUAGUUUACGAUCACUCUUCCUAGAUAGGUUCAAGUUAGGCUGAUUCACUUUAUAUUUAUGAUACGUGUAGAUUAUUCUUCUCGGUGUCAACUGUGCACGUAAUCAUAGCCUCCUUCGCAGCUUUUGGUUGGAUCGUCCCAAAAAUACUCGUUCAUUAUUCUCAUUGUCAGCACGAUUUGAGAUGUUCAAUCGCAACGCGUCCAGAG